AUGAAUAAAUUUUUUUUUUUUUUUUUUCUUUUUGUAAAUUUGUUAUUGUCUCAAAUAUUUUGUGAAAAAGCAGAAAUAUUACCUUUAGGUGAUAUUUUAUCGGGAGUUAGCGAUAUAGCAAAUGUAAUUUCUUCUAAAAAUGAAAACACUAAUGAAGUUCUCUCAGAAUCAGUAUCAAAAAUUAACUUAAAAAUAGUACCAUCGAAAAAGUUGCACAUCACUAAGAAUGACAUGAUGUUUUUAUUAUCGGAGCUUCGACAAGAAAUAGGAAGACAAAUUAAUAUACUAGAAGAUGAAUUUGAGGAAAAGGAAAGAAUGAAGCAAAGAUCUGCUUCUUUAUGGGCAGCUAGUCAUUCUCCAGUUUAUAUUCCAGAAGAAAGAGAUCAAACAGAAAAGGUUAGUGAAAUAGAUGAUAAAGAUAAAGAAGAAAUUGAAGAUUUAUUAGAUUCUUUAAAUAAGAUAACUAACGACGAAAAAAUAAAGGAAAAAGAAAACUUAACUUAUAAUAUAGAAAUACGUAACAAAAAGAAUUUUGAUGAAAAGGGGAUUUUAGAAAAUAAUAUGCACUUUAAGCAAAAAGCGUUGAGAAAUGGCCCUGUAACAAAAUAG